AUGGGCAUUCGCUCGCUCGUCCGACGACUCAUGCUACGAGCCACUGGCCGCCACCGGCUGAGGAAGUCGACGUUCUUCUCACUACCACCUGAGAUUCGGAUCGUGAUCUACAAGCUCGUGGCAGCAAGUCUCGCCAUCACGACUAGGUCCUGGACCGGGCGUGGUUUAUAUGCGUAUCCUGACAGGUAUACUGCCAAGUACAUCAAAUGGCCGUAUCUCAUAAAGUACUCCAACAUCCAGCUGCUGGCCGUCAGUCGAUCAAUACGAUGCGAAGCCUUGCCAAUCUUUCUCGAGGGUGCAUCGCGCUUCUACAUUUCCAAGGGGGCUCUAGUCCACCCGUCGCUGCCCAACACAGUCGCCAACUUGGUCCGGAUGACAGCGGUAUUGAAGAUCGAGGAUGACCACAAACAGAGGCUGGUGCUGAAAAGCGGUACUAAUGAUCCCUCUAUCGUCGCCAGGCGCCGGAUUCAUCAGUACUGGAUCAAGCAGGCUCUCAUCCAUUCGUCUUUAACAUCCACGAUCUCCCACAUAGUCAUGUCGGCGGCUGUCCUAGAGUCGAAGUGUGAUCACAACAGAAACAUUGCACUGCGACACGACACCACUGACCCCUCUGUCACUGUUGAGCGUCCGCUGAGUCGAUACUGGAUCACUAACAAGAAGACUGCCAAUAAAUUGUAUGUUGUAUGCAAAGCCCGGUAUUUAAGGUACUGGGCCUAUGCCAUGAACCCAACCAACGGACAACUGAUGCAUAUGCACUUCGUCAUGACACUGGCCAUGAUGAGUCAAGAGCACGGAAUUGUUGAUAGCCGUCACGUGGUCUCUCAGGCGCAUUCCGCUGCCAAUGCCGAUGAUGGUCUGUACGAUACAUACUGGGACACGAUCAUGGCAACAAUCUAUCCAGGAGACGAGCUUGGCUGCAAGAUCACCGUUGUUCUCGCGGGCUGCCCUCGCCACGGGGUGAAGUUGACUUUUGACUUGGACGUCCUCAUGAAAUGUGCACACGGGGUGCAGUGGACUUGGAUGGAUACUGGGGCUUCCAUCACGCCGGCGGACUUCCGGACACUGCCCAGGCGAAAGUGUCACUGGGGCGGGUUAUGCAGAUUCUUCCACUAG